AGCGAAAUCUCGAACUUUAAGUAAAUAAAAAGUGAACAUUCAAGACUAUCUCGAGUUGUGCAUGUUCAACACCAAACAUCGUCCAUAAUGAAUUUGAAAGGAUACGUCCACUUUCCCAGCACUGUCGCUGUUCCAUUCUUUCUGCUUUCGUUAUUGGGCAGCAUGGGUCGAACAGAUGCUGUUGAUUGCGGAAAUUGCUUUUGUAGCGCAGAUGUCGUCACGGGUUACCAGAAUGUCAUUUGCCUUGGAAUUCCUUUCGCAGAGAUCAAAAACACAUUCGCUGGAAACACGAGAUUAUUUAAUAUUAAUCGUUUGAGUAUCGUACCGGAAUUGGGAGACACUCAAAUACCUGCUGGACUGCUGGGCAUCCAUACAGCACGGAUCAUUCAUCUUGCCAGUUGCGGAAAUAAUUUAAUGAAAAUCCGUCCCAACGCGUUCAGAUCGUCUGCUGCCACCAUGGAAGAGUUUUUCGUCUACGACUGCAACGUUGGCAGUUUGACCUGGUUAUUCCUAGAAGGUUUUACUAAAGUCAACCUGUUGCAUCUGGAAGGUGUCACCAAUAUCCAAUCCCUGGGAAAUUUACCUUCACUUCCCAGUCUCAAACGGCUCUCCAUUACCGAUUGCAAAGGAUUCAGUUCACUCAAUUUCCCUGGGUUAUCUCUCGGUGGCUUGGAAAACCUCAUCAUGACGGAAAAUGUGGAACUGGCUGAUGGAAAAGCAGAGUCGAUCCUUGCAAUGUUGAAUGGGGCUAGUAAAUUAGAAAUGGUGUCUUUGAAAAACAAUCCAUCGAUCACCGCCAUUCCGAAUACGUUGGCCAAAUUAGUCGCUUUACACUCGUUGGAUGUUUCUUUGUGUGACAUAAAUUCCAUCUCUUCCGGCUCUCUUUCCUUCUCCGCCGAUGUCAAAUUGCUAGACAUCACGAACAAUUCUCUAUCGGACAUCCCCAAUAAUUCAUUCGGAAAAGGUUAUUAUGGUAACGCGAAAGUUUCACUUGACGGCAACCAGUUGACAAAAUUCAGUUCGACCGUUUUCCUGAAAAUCCUGACGGAAAUGCAAACUUCCAAAACACCUGGCAGUGUCUCCAUUAGAAACAACCCCGUCAAAUGCGACGAUUGUCUAAUUGCCUGGCUCAUCCGCGACUAUCGAGAGCUGCUGCCAUUCGUCUCCGGACAAUGUUCCAACGCAACGGAAUUUCAGGAUCUCAAUCCCGGUUGGUACGAUGAUCAACUCUGCAAAUCCCUGCUAACUGCAACUACCACCAGCACUAGUAGCACCAUCUCCACUAGCACCACUACCCCACAAUCAACCACAACGUUUAAUCCAACAACAACGUUAAAACCGACGUCACAAACUGAACCACCAACAAUGUCUACUGCAAGUGCCAGCGUACCUGAUAAAAGCGAAAUUCCCACCAGCACCGGCAGCACGACGGCCGUUCAAGUGACCACUACGUCGUCCGCUACAGAUUCAACAUUGACAAGUAGUGGGACAACGAUGCCCUCCACAGGAUCGCAACCAGAGACAAGUGAUUUUAGCUCAACAACGACGACGGCUAAGAAUCCCAACAGUAGCACAACCAGCACGACAAGGACUUCUUCCAGUUCCGGUUCUAGCACCACCCAAGCGCCGGAAUCACCCGCCGAAAUUAAUUACGACAUUUACUUCUACAUCCUUUACGGCGUUUUGGGCGGGAUCGCCUUGAUUUUGAUUAUUGGAUUCAUAUUUCUUGAUUACAAGAGGAGGAGGGCGUUAAAGGCAAGGACAAGUCUCGAUGAUUCCAUCUCUCGGGGCUCGUCCUUGUCUCGACGGAUGGAUCCUGAAAACUACAAUCCUCGUUCCUUGGAGCAAAGAAAUGUGGAUCCUCGCCCGCCAGCAUCCCGCCAAAAUGAUUUAGGAAAUUACCAGCAGAGUCGUGGACAACCAUACGCAAAUCCUGUUUCGAUCACCACGCCCUAUCGGCAGCAACCGCCUAUCAACCAACCACCUCCUGCUCCGCCAACUAGUCGCGGACGAGGGCACGAUAGUGAAGAGACAAUUGACAUACCGAAAUGCACCGAUCCCGGUUGUUAUUCGAGAUCAAUCGUUUACCAAAACACAACUGCCAAACAAGCGCGGCGAAAGCUUUGGCCGAAAUUUCAGCAGUGUCAUCAAGCUCUUAAAGUGAAUUGUCUCGGAGGACCUUUAAGCGAGCCUUUAAGUAUCAAUGAUGGUAGCGAAAAAAUUGACUAUGGCUGGUGGAACGAUGUGGAUGGCGAAAUCUUUUUGUCUGGUUCUGACGACGUCGUUCACACCUGUCAGUGUGGCAUUGAUGAUUAUUGCGUCCGUCCCGAUCUCGAAUGCAAUUGCGACGCUAAUGUGGCUGUCCCUUUAUCGGAUAACGGUAUCAUCUUUUAG